AUGGCAGCAUAUAGCACGGCACCAGACUCAAGCAGUACCAAGCAAACAGAAAACAAAUAUAACGAGAAUGAAGCAGUUAUAGAAAACAAAGGUGGCGAAAGCGGAUACGAUGGUGAUACCGGUAGCGUUUACACUUGCAUUGACACUGACACUUACAAUGAACAUGACCGCGGUUACGAUGGCGACGACGACAGCGAAUAUAGGGUGAACAAAGAAUCUAUUAGAGGCAUUAGUGGCAGCAACGACGAUAGCGAUGACAGUGAUGGUAAUGGUUGCUCGAUGCCAUCAUUCUUCUCGUGUAUUCCCAAAUGCUGA